AUGCUAUCUCCAACGGAGCGUGGCAGCGAUACUCGACCUCCUGUUCCAGCUGCCAACUCUACGGGACGUCGGAAGAUCGAGAGGGCUUUGAAAAAGCCAGCGACGAACACGACGUUGGUGCAAUCAGGUCAAAGUCAUCCGCGGACUUCUACGAGGAAGCGUGCAAAUUCUAAUGACUCGCCACGAACACUGGAUGGUUUCUUGCUUUUGGAUUGGUGUAGAGUGGAGUUUCCUGACGAAGUCGCUCAGGCAUUUUUGAGUGACAUGCACAUUACUGAUGUGGUGGCCGAGGAUCUACUCUUUUUUACAAAUUUGACACGGCUAGACAUGAGCGAUAACGAGGCACCUUUAGAGCCGUUUGGGUGUCUGCCAGCUCUCGUCGAAUUGGAUUUUCAGUGUAAUGCGCUGGAAGAGGUCAUACUCAGCAAUGGGUUUCAAAGUCUCGAGGUGCUGAAUUUAUCCUUCAACUGCUUAGGGCCAAAAGACCUCGAAGAACUUUCAAACCUGUUGCGUAUCCGUGAAUUGUAUCUCGGUAGCAAUCGAAUUCGAUCAUUGCCACCGAUCAUGGAUCGCUUUUCUCGGCUCGAAACAUUAUCUCUGGAGAGCAACAAUAUUUCUGGACAGGAAGUAUUUUCGUUCCUCGCCAUCAUGCCUCGACUGCGGAAUUUAAACCUCAGUUACAACAAGAUUACUGGCUUUCCCGAGUCUGCCUUGACUUUAGAAGAAAAGCGCGGUGCUGGGUUCUACAAUCUCAUCUAUCUCAACCUCGCACACAACAUGAUUACCGAUGAGGAGGCUGUUGUCUACACUACCGAGUUACGCAGCUUGCGCAAGCUGAUUCUGUACGGCAACCCUCUGGCACACGCUGCUGUCACUUCGUACGACCCAACCAAACUGGCGUACGAUCCGGUACCAAGUCUUACAGCAUUAUUGAACGAAAGAACAGUUGAUCAAACUGCGAUGACUAUUAUGGUGGCGUACCCCGCAACAAAAAAGAAGAAGCUACACUCCAUGUCUUGUUACGAACAUGUCGAGAUAUACAAAAUGAUUCCGAACGAGGUGGUCCUCCAAUCUCCCUUCCGCACACGAGCAACAGAGUUCAUGCAGACAGCCAAUCCAGAUACAGUCACUGAUAAGGAACUACUAUCAAAGCGACAGGUGCGUUGCUCAAAUUGCGUCGUAUUGGCUCCAACUAAUACUUUGGUAUAA